CUGAUCCCGAGGCAAAUCAAGUAAAGCCCCGCUACCAGUCAGUGAAGGAUCGAGCUCGCUUGACUCGCUCUAAUGGUGUCCUCUUCUUCGUCCUCGGCCGGCGGCGCUGCUUCGGCUCCGCCUCAACCUCCGCUGCCUCCUGCGCCAAAGAAGGGCUUCAUCCGUCGCAUCAUCCCUGUCUUCCUCGUCACCAAUCUCGCCGUCGGAGCUUAUGUGCUUUUAAGAACCUCACAGAACAAGACUGAUAAAAAGGAUGAGGAAGUUGUGGAGGUUCCUGCUGCUCCUGCUGAGGGCAAAGCUGUUGUGAAGCCAUCACCCGGUACUCCUGCUGCAGCACCUGCAAAAGUACUCCCGCCCAUUCCUGAAGCUGAGCAACGACAACUUUUAAAGUGGAUCUUGGAGGAGAAGCGCAAAGUUAAACCUACUGAUUCAUCAGAGAAGAAAAAAAUCGAUGAAGAAAAAGCUCUCCUCAAACAGCUUAUUCAAGCCAAAUCUUUACCAAGCUUGUAAAAUGUCUAUUAACUUGCUUCUUGCAUGUGGGUGCAUUUUGGAUGUGUUUUCUGAUUGUCGCUUCUCGCUUGUCCCAUGAAGGAAUUGUGAUUUUAAUCUGGAAGAUGUGCUUAAACUUUUAUGUUGUUUGUAUGCGUUAAACAAUUAAUAUCACAUGCAUUCGCCGCUUGGAUUA